CCGCCAACAAGCUUCCGUCAUCCAUCCAGCUGCCACUUUGAUGCGAUCCAACUUCAACUUGACAGAUUGGCAAUUCCUGCAUCGACUCCCACCGACCAAACCCAGCAAGAUUCACCCGAGUAUCGUUAAAGCUUCCUAAUAAACCCUAGACCGGCAAAACAACAGGACAGGGCUUAUCCACUGCCCGCGCUAUGGCGGCCCCAACGCCCAAAUUCAACUCCAAAUCCCCCACCAUCCGGCGCAUUCUCCGCGAAGCCCACGAACUCACCACUUCCCCGUCACCAGAUUACCACGCCGAGCCGCUAGAGUCCGACCUCUUCGAAUGGCACUUCACCCUCCGCGGGCCGCCGCACUCGGCGUUCGAGGCCGGCAUCUACCACGGCCGCAUCGUGCUGCCCCCGUCGUACCCCUUGCGCCCGCCAUCCUUCCGCUUCCUGACCCCCUCUGGCCGCUUCGAGACCAAUCGGGAGAUCUGCCUCAGCAUCUCGGGCCACCACGAGGAGACAUGGCAACCUGCGUGGGGCAUCCGCACCGCGCUGGUCGCGCUCCGGACAUUCAUGGAGACGGAUGUCAAGGGCCAGCUGGGCGGGCUAGAGGCUGGGGAGCAGGUGCGGAGGAGGUUGGCCGCCGAGAGCGUGGGCUGGCGAUGUGGUGCUUGCGGUGGCGGGAAGACGAACGGGGAGAUAUUGGCGGAGUGUGAGGCGCGGGCGCAAGAGAUGGCGGGACAAGGGGCUGGGGUGGAGGAGGUCAAGGUGCCGGAGGAGCUGAAGAUGAGGUGGAAGGACGAGAUGGAGGGGCAGAAGAACAAGGGUAAGGAGAGGGAAGGGGAAAGGGCCAGCGACGAUGAGGAGAGUGCCAGGCUAGCGGAGGGCUUUGUGCAGACUGCAGUGCCGGCAGCUCCGAGGAACGCGGAGCCGGAGGCGGGGCAACGCACAGCGGGAGGGAGUACAACAUCGCCUGCAGUAAGACCAGUACCAGCACCGAGGCCGCCGGGGGCUGCUCCGGGUCCGGCGUUGCAGCAAGUCCAGCCAAGGGUGGCCGAGGAUGUGCCCGUCUGGUUAGACCAACUGAUUAUUGGCAUUGCUGUCUUGUUGGCUGCUGUGGUCCUCAAGGUGAUGCUGGAUUGAGUCUUUUUAUUAGCGCCUCGGUCUAUCUGGUUCGGUGUGGGGGUUACUGUGAGCAUGUCAGUUUGGACAUGGGAGUUGAGGCGUUACAUAUAGACAGUCAUGGUCCCUGUCUCAGGUCCUUGCGGUAUUCAAUCGCCUGGUGCCUUUCGAAGCAUCAGCUCAACACACGUUGCUCGUCACAGGAAAAGAGAGCGGCCACUGUUGAGCCGUGAGACUCUGUUACCUGAUAGGUGUUAUCCACUAGAACAUAAAUAAGGGC